CAGAGCCGGUACAGUGUAGCAGAGGCGGCGAACUACAGUGUAGCCAGCCGGUCCAGUACAAUGUAGCGGCAGCCAGGUGGGAUGCUAUGGAAUAUGAUGAGAAGCUGGUUCGGUUCCGGCAGGCCCACCUCAACCCCUUCAACAAGCAGCUUGGACCAAGGCACCAUGAACAAGAAGCCAAUGAGAAGGCCCAGGAAGUCACUUCUGAAGAGGCCCUGCCUGAGCUGCCCGCUGGGGAACCUGAGUUCAGGUACUCGGAGCGCAUGAUGGAUCUUGGCCUGUCUGAGGACCACUUUUCCCGCCCUGUGGGUCUCUUCCUGGCCUCGGAUGUCCAGCAGCUACGGCAGGCAAUCGAAGAAUGCAAACAGGUGAUCUUGGAGCUGCCAGAGCAGUCAGAGAAGCAGAAAGACGCAGUUGUGAGACUGAUCCACCUCAGGCUGAAGCUCCAGGAGCUGAAGGACCCCAAUGAAGAGGAACCCAACAUCCGGGUCCUCCUAGAGCAUCGCUUCUAUAAGGAGAAGAGCAAGAGCGUCAAACAAACCUGCGACAAGUGCAAUACCACCAUCUGGGGCCUCAUCCAGACCUGGUACACCUGCACAGGGUGUUAUUACCGCUGUCACAGCAAGUGCCUGAACCUCAUCUCCAAACCAUGUGUCAGCUCCAAGGUCAGUCACCAGGCUGAAUACGAGCUGAACAUCUGCCCCGAGACCGGGCUGGACAGUCAGGACUACCGCUGUGCCGAGUGCCGCGCACCCAUCUCUCUACGAGGUGUGCCCAGUGAGGCCCGACAGUGCGACUACACCGGCCAGUACUACUGCAGUCACUGCCACUGGAACGACCUGGCUGUCAUCCCUGCGAGAGUGGUACACAACUGGGACUUUGAGCCACGCAAGGUGUCCCGUUGCAGCAUGCGCUACCUGGCACUGAUGGUGUCCCGGCCAGUGCUCCGGCUCCGGGAGAUUAACCCUCUGCUGUUUAACUUUGUGGAAGAGCUGGUGGAGAUCCGGAAGCUGCGCCAGGACAUCCUGCUUAUGAAGCCAUACUUUAUCACCUGCAAGGAGGCCAUGGAGGCACGACUGCUGCUGCAGCUCCAAGACCGACAGCACUUUGUGGAGAACGACGAGAUGUACUCCAUCCAGGACCUCUUGGAGGUGCACAUGGGCCGCCUCAGCUGCUCGCUAACGGAGAUCCACACGCUCUUCGCCAAACACAUCAAGCUGGACUGUGAGCGGUGCCAAGCCAAGGGGUUCGUCUGUGAACUCUGCAAGGAAGGUGACGUGCUGUUCCCGUUCGACAGCCAUACAUCCGUGUGCAGCGACUGUUCAGCUGUCUUCCACAGGGACUGUUAUUAUGACAACUCGACCACGUGCCCCAAGUGUGCCCGACUCACGUUGAGGAAGCAGUCACUAUUCCAGGAGCCUGGUCUAGACUUGGAUGCCUAGAACACUGGAGGAGAACGCCAGGCACCCUAUCUGCCCCUCUGGCUGCCACCUGCUGGCCUUGCCCACCAGAUGUGCAUUCUACUCUGGAGACCCCCGAGUGCAUCCUCCGGGCCUCUUCGUCUCUUUCGGACCAGAAGGAAGUGACUAGUGGCCCCCGGGACUCUUAUUCCUCAGGUGCUUGCCGAGACUUCGAGUGUGUAUACCUGGCUGUUUAUUGGAUGUGCUGCUAUAAGGGGUCAAAAUGCUGCCUGUGCCCCAUUGUAGGUCUCCUUAGGUAGAGGAGCCUGGGCGUGGCUCUCCAGGAAAGUCACUCUCCUAUGGCAGACAGCCUUCCAGGCCUUUAAAUCCAAUCCUUCUGCUCCAUAGAGGUGGCCUCGCUCCUGUCUAGAGCACCCUUACAACGGUCAGAAACUUCAGAGGCCUGUCCAGUGAGAGGAUGCCUCCUGACUGAGUUUUAUCUCUGUUGAGGAAGAUUUAGGUUCUACUUAGAGGCUCCCAACCCUCCUAGCACCUUGUCUCCUUGGAGACAUCUGGGUUUCGCUGACUGGGGCUGUUCACUACUAUGUCCCAUGGACCUUCCCCAGCAUCCUCAUCCUCAGUCAGUCAUGUGUGCUUCUCCGCCCCUUUUGUACAAUAGGGAGGGAAGGGGUCUGUGGAGCUUCUCUUGGCAGAUAAGCCUGCUUCUGUCACAGCCUGGUCCACUUUAUCCUGGUGCUCUGAGCUGGGCAGCUAGGGACCCAUCCUAAGGACUAACGUUUGGCCUCCAGUUACAUAGGUGGGACUGUGUCUGGGGCGGGGGUUCUAGGUCAGGUGAGCCUGUCGGUUAUCGUGGGCCUAUGUGGCAUUCAGGGGGCUAAACUUUCCCACAAAGGUCAUUGUCCUGAUGAUGGAGUGCUGUGCUUGAGGAUGACCAGUUGCUGGGUGUUGACAUAGGAGCCUAAGAGCUAGGAAUAUUUGCUAGACUCAAGCAGGAGGUCUAUGGUCCAUGCAGGAAGGUCCAGGCUUUGAAGGUGGGCGGACCUACACCUUUCCAGUGAGACACGUUCCACCUCCAUGCACACACCCCAUAAAUCCUAUGAUGGAAGAUGUGAGGAGAUGAGGAGACCUCAAAAUUCAGCUUCUGCCUUUCUUCCUGGGAAGCAGGAGUUGGUUGCAUCUGCCCCUUUACCUCUUGUCUGUGAAUUGCUGUUGACACACACAGGUGGCAGAGGCCAGGGCAUGUCACAACUUGGAUUUCUUUCACCUUUAAUGAGGCACAAGAAGAGAGACUCCUCACCUAGUCAGAUGAAGCUUAGCUUACUGGCAUGCCUGAGGGAUGGAUGGACAUACUGCCACCUCCUCCUUACUCCUCUUUACCAUCAGGUGGCUUUACUCAUGCUGUCUUUUCUGUUUCAGUUUUCCCAUCUGGAAAAAGUUGGGAAGGUGGAGUUGACCUGCCUGAGGGUGAAAGGUCAGGAGUCCUUUGAGUGUGAUGUGGGUCAGCAGAGGUCCCCGUCCCACUUCCUCUUUGGUGUGAAAGAGGGUCUUAAAACCAAAUGCCAUUUCCCACACUCCCAAAUCUGUGUGUUUCCUGCCAUUGUAUCACAUGUCUGUCCUGAGGCUGUUGGCCCUUCCUGAGCCUCCUGUGUAAUCAACUUCACGUUUCCAACUAUAAAUCAUUAGUGUCUAAAGAAAAUGUUACUAGUCUGGCAUUUGUUGAACAGAGUGUUGGGCCUCCCCUUAGAGCAUCCUCCAAACUUCCUCCCUCAAUACCUCUCUUCUAUCAUUGCCUUCAGGAUGAUGCAGAUUUGGCAGAAACAUUCUGUGAGUCCACAGCUUGGUACAAAGAGUGUAGCCAGCAGCAGAAGCCCAUGCGCAUGUCUGACACUUUUUGGAAGAGUAUACCCAAUGGUAUCCAUCAUGGAUCCAGGCUGGCAACUGGGAGGUCUGGUCACAACAGUUGCCACUGUGGUCUUGGUCUCAUUAAUUAUGGGAUAUCUAGACUGGUGUAUGGUGAAUCUGGGACAAAGCAGAGUUCAACACAAGCCAGUGACAAGUUUAGGAAAACAUCCUAGCCUUCCAUAGUUCAUGGGUUUGAGUAUGAUAUUUGAGUGAAAAUAAUAUUUAAGGAUUCAGUGAAAGAAACAUUUAGAUUGGUGUCAGACAAGCCCCAAGCCUGUUCUGAUACUGUGUAGAGAAGUUUCCCAACAAAGACCAAUUUUGGUCUUCAUUUGGGUGAGGUGGGAUGCCCACACAUGUACCCUUGGGGUUUAGGUUACAGGAAUUGUUUCACUUGUACCUGGCAUGGAGAGGAUGCAGUGUAAUAGGAGCCAUAUUUCUCUGGAGUCCUUGACUGUCUGAUUUACGUAAAUAUGAGAGUCUCUGAUUGCGUGACCGUGGCAGAUUCAGCCAGAGCUCCACUUUCACUCCCGGGACAUCAUUCAUUCUUAAAAGCCAGACACAGAAAAGGUGCCAUUACUGCAGUUCAAGGCUUUAACCUUUGUCCUUGUGCACUGGCUUCAGAGGAGCUAUGAACAGUCUUCCUGUGUGUCCCAGCACGGUGGUCCACCCCACAUGUCCCAACACUUGACAGGCAGAGUCAGAGGUCAGCUUGGGACACAUGGUGGGAUAAUGCCUUAUAAUCUCUCCCAAGCAAGUCACCCUCAAACAGUUUCAGUCUUGAUUGGCUACUCUGCUGUCGUCUCUGCUGGAGAGAUGCCUAAGGACCGUCUGUUGGCACACCACACAGCACAGAAGACUCCGGGUUGAGACGCACGUGCCUUUGGGCACAUUGGCGGCUGUGGCUGUACGCUGUACACCUUUAUCUAGAAGUGUACAGCUCCCUUCCUCUCAGAUUUCAAGUGCUUGUUUUCUCUCAGUGCUUAUACUUUAAAGUAGGCAAAACUGCCUAUUUGUCCAUUUUCUGGAUUCCCCAAUGUUAACAUUUUUAUCCUGCUGACUUUAUUCAUUCUCUCUUUCUCUCUCUCUCUCUCUCUCCUUCC